AUGGCUGCCUCUCCGCAAGAUUUUCCACGCCUCCCUUCCACCUCUGUGCUAGGUCCUUUGCCUGGGGGACUUUCUUAUGCUGCUAAUGUCUCUGUCUCCUCCUCUUCCAAGCCCGCCAGCUUCCCUGUUUCCUUCUUCAACCCGACUCAAAAGCUUUCAUUUAAGGCAGAUGAUUUGUCGGAGGGGAAAAACAUUUGGACUUCGUCUCUUAUCGGGUACUCGUUGGGCCCUCGUCCUUAUUAUGAAAGACUUCUAAAAUCCAUGUUAAAGCUUUGGCCUCUUAAAGGUUCCUUGACUCUUCUCUCCCUAGCCGAUGGCUUCUUUCUGCUCAAGUUCACCACAGCGGAAGACCUAGAAAUGGUGCUUUCGGGGGGACCUUGGUUCAUCCUGGGCAAACCAUUUAUUUUGCAACGCUGGUCGCCAAAAUUCAAGCCUAAGAGAGACGAGGAUGCUCCGAUCCCCAUCUGGAUAAAGAUUGUGGAUUUCCCGCUUGUUCUCUGGACUCCUACUGGUAUUUCAAAGAUCGCUAGCUACAUCGGUAUCCCGAUAUCGGUGGAUGAUCUCACGGCUACCCGUUCCAGACUGACAUACGCCAGGGUAUGUGUCCUCAUCUCUAAGGAUUCGGCUCUCCCCGACGAAAUCCCUCUUGAAAUCGAAGGUGAGGAUUUGGUUUUAAAAGUUAUUUAUGAUUGGAAACCGGAUAAAUGUGAAGGUUGCGGCUCAUUCAUUCAUCCGUUCUCUCUCUGCCCAAAAAACCCGAACCCUCAACCUGUCAUUCCCCCUCAACCACCGAGAAAUCGUGGACGUAGUUCCUCCAGACAACGCUCCUCCAGAAACCAUCGAUCAAAAUCUAUUUUGCCACCUCCCAAACCUACCUCAAAUGAAGCUAACCUCGUUCCAUCUCAGGUGUUGAUACCUCCUGAAUCCUCUUUACCUCAAAAUAAGCCUAUCCCUCCACCUACUUCUGAUCCUCCCACCAUCUUGACUAAUCCCCACCCGAUUCCUAACCUCAACACUCCCAUAGAGGAAUCCUCCUCUAACGGGCAACCUGCCUCGCCCCGUUUGGUGUUGCCUCCUAAGAUACCUCUCCUAAACAAAUUUGCCUCAUUGCAUAAUGAAGAUCACCUUCUCCCAGAUUCUGUGGACUCUGUCUCUGAUUCAGAAUUGGCUUCCUCAUCCAAUGCCUGUGAUGAUUCUGGUCAAUUGCAUUCCUCGGACAAGAAAAGUCGCAACACUAGAUCCACUGUGGUUAAACAAAAGUCUCCUGAUCUAUCCAAAUCUAAGAAAGGAAAGGGGUUUAACAGCCCUGAAACUGUGAGUUCUUGCAAGUCUCUUAUCAGCUCUCAUCAUCUUAAGUUACUUUGUAUUUUGGAAGCCAAAAUUUCUUCUUCUUAUGUUAUGGACCCUUGGUUUUUACGCAAGCACCGGCUCUUUGACAGUGAAGAUAGUUGUCACAACUUUGAGGACUCUUCUGUGGGUCGUAUCUGGAUCAAAUGGGAUAAUUCGGUUAUCUCCUUCUCUAAAAUAUCCUCCUCUCCGCAAUUUAUUCAUGGUAUCUUAUCUGUGGGUUCAUUCCCACCGAUUUUUCUUACUGUUAUAUAUGCUUUUAACUCCAUGGAAGAUCGGAAAAAUCUUUGGGAGGCUCUUUUUGCUAUUUCUAUUAAUAUGGAUCAACCUUGGGUUAUUUUGGGCGACUUCAAUUGUAUCAGAUUUGAAAAUGAAAAGGCUCGGGGUACUUCUGUUUCCAAUAGUAGACUGGGUGAACUUAACAUCAUUAUUUUUAAAUGUGGGGUUCAUGACCUUUCUUCUACGGGUCUUUUUUACACAUGGUUUAACCAACGGGCGGAUUAUCCUAUCCAUAUUAAAUUGGAUAGAGUUUUGGUGAAUAAUGCAUUGUUGGAUUUUCUCCCCACUGCCUUCUACUAUGUGGAAUCUCAUUAUGGCUCUGAUCAUUCUCCUUUAGUUUUCAACUCUAAUCAUGACAAACCUCUAUCUGUUAGGUUUAUGUUCAAGAAUUAUUGGAUGAAUAUGGCAGGUUUUUGGGAUGAUGUGUUUAAUGCCUUUUCUUCUAGAUCUGCUAGAAGUCCUAUGGCAUCCUUCCAACAUAGCUUACAACUCCUCAAGAGAAUUUUGAAAAACAGAAAUUGGGCAUCUUCAUCAUUUCUUUCUAAUGCUUUAUUAGAGGUUAAAAGUAAACAAAACUUUUGUUUGGCUGAGCUUCAACAUAGACCUCUUGACUUGGAGUUAAAUCAAAAUCUCAAGAGUAUUAAUGAGGAGAUGGCCUCAUUACAUGCUAACUGGACUUCUUGGUUAUCUCAACGUGCUAAAACUCAAUGGCUUACUAAGGGAGAAGAUGAUUUGGGUUUUCUAUAUGCUAAAAUUAGAAGUCGCAACAAUAAGAACUGCAUUAAGGAGAUCACUACUGUUGAAGGUCACUUUACUUCUUUUGGUGACAUCUCUAGAGCCAUAAUUAAGCACUUUGAAGGGUUAUACAACUCAAAUCAUACCAAUAUUCAACUUCCUCACAAUAUCCCUCCGGGUAAAAUGGUCCCCGAUCACCUCAUUGAUUUGCUUGUUGCUCCUUUGUCCCUUGAAGAAGUUAAAAAGGCUGUUUUUGAUGGGAAUGAGAAUACUGCUCCUGGUCCUGAUGGUUUUACUUAUGCAUUUUAUAGAAAAUCAUGGCAUGUUAUUGGUUUGCAAGUCUUUAAUGCUGUAAACAAUUUUUUCUCUAAGGGAUCUUUGCCGAGAGGUGUUAAGGCUACGGCUAUUGCUUUAAUACCAAAAUGUUCGCAUGCUGCCAAUAUAAACGACUAUAGACCUAUCUCCCUUUGUAACGUUUUAUACAAAAUUGUUGCUAAAACUUUGGCAAAUAGAAUGAAAGUGGUCCUCCCAUAUAUCAUUCAUGAUAGCCAAUCUGGCUUUAUUACUAAUAGAUGCUCCACUGAUAACAUCAUUCUUGCUGCUGACAUUUUGAGAGAUUUUAAGGGAAAGGAGAAAUAUUUUGGUGCUAAACUUGAUAUCAAAAAGGCCUUUGAUACAGUUUCGAGGGAAUUUAUUAUUUCCAGACUUGCUCAGAAGGGAUUCCCUAUUGCCUUUGUUAAUUGGAUCAAGGGCUGUAUUAGUGAGGUUCACUUCUCUAUCUGUUUAAAUGGUUCCCUUGAAGGUUUUUUUAAUUCCACAUCGGGUCUCAGGCAAGGAUGCCCAUUAUCUCCUCUCCUCUUUUGUAUUGCAAUGGAUGGUCUCUCCCAACUCCUUUCCGACACUCAAAAUUUCCAAGGCAUUCAUUGCAAAAAUGUACAAAUAAGCCAUCUGAUGUAUGCUGAUGACCUUUUAGUGGUUGGGAAAUCAUCUAUUCAUAAUGCCAGACAGCUAAAUCAAUGCUUGCAGACCUUUGGAGCUUUUUCUGGACUUCACAUUAACUCCAAUAAGAGCGCCAUCAUUUUUUCUCAUCAAAGUGUUGAAAAUCAAUUGAUAUGUGAAGAGCUUGGAAUUCUUAAUGUCAACCACCACCUCUCCUACUUGGGCAUCCCCAUAUCUGUUAAAAGACUUAAAAUUUCUCACUUCCAACCUCUAUUGAGCAGAAUUUCUGCUCUACUUGCAGGUUGGAAGAAUAAGUUUCUUUCUUUUGCAGGUAGGGUUCAAUUCCUCAAAUUCACUAUCUCCAACACUCUUGCGUAUUGGAUCAGGGGAUCCAUCAUACCUAAAAGUUGCUGCGCGACUAUUAACAAACUUUGUGCUAAGUUUUUAUUCCACAACAACUUAGCCGAGAGGAAGCUUCAUUUCAUCUCUUGGAAAUCUGUUACUCUUCCUAAAUCCAAGGGUGGUCUUGGCAUACCUUCAAUUGAGGCUCUUUAUUUUGGGGUUUGCUGCUCUAUUAUUGGCAGGUUCUACAACAAUCAAAACAUGCUCACACACUGGUUCAAAGCCAAAUUCAUCUCCCCUUGGAAGCCCUCUUCUUCCAAUGCUCCCAAAUUCUGGAAAAAAAUUGCUCAAACAGCCCUUAGAAUUAAGGAUGAGUUAACAUUUCAUGUUUCAAAUUCCAGUGAAUUUGCUUUUAUUUGGGACCCAUGGCUAUCUGGGCAACUCUUUGGGGAGGAAAUUCGGGGGAUGGAUGCAACUCAGGUGAAAGACUUCUAUUUUAAUGGUAUGUGGCACCUUCCUAAUACCAUCCCUACUAGUAUAACUGAUAAAAUUAUGGCUGUGGAAAUCAAAAUGAAAAAUGAGGUUUUGUGGAAUGGUAACCAGAAAUGGUUAUUCAAAAAUUUUAUGGAAUUCUAUUACGAUAGUUUGCCUUCUGUGGACUGGCAUAAUGCCAUUUGGCAUAAGCAUCAUGCGUUGAAAUUUGCAUGUUUUGCAUGGAUGGCUAGAAUGGGUAAGCUCAAAACUGCCGACAAUCUGCUCUCUAGAGGCAUCCAGGUGCCUUUGAACUGCUCUUUCUGUCUUGGAAAUCUGGAAACACAUACACAUUUAUUCUUCAAUUGUGACUUUGCCUUCUAUAUUCUGACGGCUAUUCUCCCAGAUUUUAAAUGCUUCUUUCUCAGGCCAAACUUACCCCAAACUCUGGAAUUUAUUCAAAAUUCGGUUAGAUACAACAAAGCUGAAAAAGAUUUUUGCUAUAUUGCUAUUAGUUGUAUUAUCUAUCAUUUAUGGAGAGAACGCAAUAACCGGCGUUUUGGCAACACCAGUGUCAAUGUGACUAAACUGUUCUGCAAUAUCUCCAUGGCUUUAAGAUUGAAAACUAUAAAAUGGAAAAACAGGGAUUUAUUGCUUCAAAGAUUAUCUUUUGACCCUCUUAACAGCAAAUCUCGGGUAUACUUCAAAGAUAUUGGCAGCAUUCGUGGGAUGAUCAUGUGCACAACGGACGAUGAUGACCAUGGACUGUCUCUCCGAGCCAUUGAGGGUCUUAGGGGCAACUUGGCUCGUUUUUGUGACUUUUCUGGACGGGCUGGAGGCACUGUGAUGGCCAGUUUUGCUGGGUUACUCUAUCGUUUACUCAGAUUUUGUGGGCAACCGGUGCCACCGUCUGAUUCCUUUAGUUCUUGCCUCCGAAUUUUUUGA